AUGCCCACGGCUCCCGUCGAACCCGUCGUUGCGACGCCUAGCGGCUCUGACGGCCCCCCGUCAUCUUCCGUGGCACCUUCAACCCUCGUGAUCCCAUCGUCGACAAGACACAAGAGCAGUAAGCGGUUCACACCAGCAUCCCGCACCGGUGCCUCGCAUGGUUCAGCAACGUCGCUGCGCCACAACUCGUCCUUGUCGCUGCUGUCGUCAUCGCCAUCGCCGCGGAUCGUUUUUGGCUCUGGCACCCUUGCCCGUCUGCCCACCGAGCUAGGUCGUCUCCGCCUCUCGUCGCCGCUUAUUGUUUCGAGUCCGUCGCGCACAAGUGUUGCCCACAGGGUCCUGACCCUGGCACCUAACUUCGACAUCUCCAUACUCGACUCAGCUGUCGGCAACAUGUCCCAGCGCGCUGUCCAAGAGGCCAUGGCUCGCAACUCCAAGCGCGACUGCGUCAUCAGUAUUGGCGGCACUUCUGCUGUCAAACUUGCCGGCGCUAUCGCCUCUGGAUAUAAUAUUCCUCACGUCUGCAUCCCCACAAGCUACAGUGGCUCCGAAGCGCCUCUCGUGAGCAGCGUACCUCACCGGCGAGGGUCUAAGAACCUUCGUCGGAAGGGGAGCCCGGUCACGAGUAGCGGGGCUAGUAGCAGUGGCAGUAGCAAGCGGAGUGGCAAGCGGAGCACUGCCAAUGCCGGCGCCGACUGUAACCAAAUGCCGGCCGUUGUCAUAUACGACGAGGAGCUUACCAGUACGGGCACUCCCAUGGUACUCUCCGCCCCCACCGGAUACAAGUCUGAAGAUAUGAGUGGUCGUGACUUGAAAGACGGUGAUUCCCAGUGGAGCUUUAUUCAGCUGCCGGGUGUCUAA